AUGGACACAUUCUCCUCUCUCCUCUCUCCUCUCUCACCCUCUGCUCCUCUCCUCUCUCCUCUCUCCCUCUGCUCCUCUCCUCUCUCCCCUCUCUCCCUCUGCUCCUCUCCUCUCUCCUCUCUCCCUCUGCUCCUCUCCUCUCUCCCCUCUCUCCCUCUGCUCCUCUCCUCUCUCCCCUCUCUCCCUCUGCUCCUCUCCUCUCUCCCCUCUAUCCUCUCUCUCCCUAUGCUCCUCUCCUCUCUCCCCUCUCUCCCUCUGCUCCUCUCCUCUCUCCCCUCUCUCCCUCUGCUCCUCUCCUCUCUCUCCCUCUGCUCCUCUCCUCUCUCCUCUCUCUCCCUCUGCUCCUCUCCUCUCUCCCCUCUCUCCCUCUGCUCCUCUCCUCUGUCCCCUCUCUCCCUCUGCUCCUCUCCUCUCUCCCCUCUAUCCUCUCUCUCUAUGCUCCUCUCCUCUCUCCCCUCUCUCCCUCUGCUCCUCUCCUCUCUCCCCUCUCUCCCUCUGCUCCUCUCCUCUCUCCCCUCUAUCCUCUCUCUCCCUAUGCUCCUCUCCUCUCUCCCCUCUCUCCCUCUGCUCCUCUCCUCUCUCCCCUCUCUCCCUCUGCUCCUCUCCUCUCUCCCCUCUAUCCUCUCUCUCCCUCUGCUCCUCUCCUCUCUCCCCUCUCUCCCUCUGCUCCUCUCCUCUCUCCCCUCUCUCCCUCUGCUCCUCUCCUCUCUCCCCUCUAUCCUCUCUCUCCCUCUGCUCCUCUCUUCUCUCUCCUCUCUCCUCUCUCCCCUCUUUCCUCUCUCUCCUCUCCUCUCUCUCUCGGUCUUGGUUAUAGUCUUGGUCUUGGUCCUGGUCCUGGAUCAGUGGUGCUCGAUGGACUCAGUCUAA